AUGGCGGGAAGACGUCCAGGAGGCGAGAACCCAGAGGGACGGGCACGUGCAGGAGCCGCGGGCACCUGUGAAGCGGCUUGCGGCGAGGACGGCGCGACCAGCGGCGAGGCGGGCGUGACCGGUGCCGCUGCCGGCGCGACCAGCGGUGUGGUCGAGGGCGCGACUGGUGCGACUAGUGGCGCACACCGAGUCGGGUGGGGAAACCCGGGUGGCGGCCCAACAGGCUGGGAGCGGACGCCAGCCGAGGCCACACGAGGACCUGCUGACGUCGUCAUCGUGGCGAUGGUGUCCUCAGCAAUGGCCACACGUGGACCGGCCGAGGAGAACGUCACAUCGUGGGCCAUAGCGUCGUGGGCCGCAGUGCCCGUGCGGGGGCCGGUUGACGAGGACGGCGCAUCGGGGGCCGCAUGUGGCAUGCGGGAGGCGGCGGCCGGCGGCGCAUCGAGGGCCGCAUGUGGCAUGCGGGAGGCGGCGGCCGGCGGCGCAUCGAGGGCCGCGCGUGGUGCACGGGACGCGUCUGAAGCACCGGGCGAGUGA